AUGUCUGACCUCAACAGAAAAGUUAGAUUUCAGACAAGUGAGAAGAAGGAUGGAAACGAAGACUUCUAUGAUAACACAGACAAUGUGAUGAUUUAUGACAACUACCAGACAGAGGGCAGUCCAGCGCCGCCGAAAUUACAGGACGACGCUACUAAGGACCAACAGCAAACCAGUCAUGACAAAAGCAACUGGAUCAUGGAAAGAAAUCAACUGUGGGCGGACAAUGCCAACCUGACCAGCGAGCGAGACGAGCUGCAGAGCAGUUACAGUGACGUGAAAAGUCACAAUCACAACCUGACGCAAAAGACAAGCCAGUUAGAGAACGAGAACGACCACUUACAGGCCGUUAAUAACAACCUCACCAAAGAGAGAGAUGAAUUACAAAAUCACAUUGAUAAAAAGACACUGGACUUUGAGGCCAGCUUUGAAACCCUCACUGAGCAGAGAGAUGAGCUGAAGAAGAAGCUGACUGACUUUGUUCACUACUCCCAACAAGAAUGGAAGUAUUUCAGCGGUAGUUUCUAUUAUAUUUCUUCAAACAAGAAAACCUGGCAUGAGAGUAGAACUGACUGUCUGCAAAGAGGGGCGGACCUAGUGGUUGUCAACAGCAGAGAAGAACAGGCAUUCAUAAAUCAAUACCGAAAGAGCAUGUGGAUUGGACUGACUGACAGCGAGAGAGAGGGGACGUGGAAAUGGGUGGAUGGGACUCCGCUGACAACAAGCUUCUGGUACUCUGGGGAGCCAAACGAAGGACGAAAUGAAGACUGUGUAGAAACAAUGUUCUACAGAAACAAACACGGCUGGAAUGAUGUAAUAUGUAGAGGUAAAAAGCUAUGGAUCUGUGAAAAGAAAAUGUUUCUCUAACUCAACUUACACACCACCAUGGCAUCUACUACUAUAUAUAACUACUGUAUGUUUAAGACAUGAAGAUAAGAUGCAUUUACCACUUUCAGCUAAAGACAGCACUGAAACAUGAUCAUUGCUAAGCUGCAGGCAAAGUGGCAUCAGACACAAAUAUCUAACUUGGUUUAGA